AAAUGGCGUUGCAUUUGUCGCUGUGAUCGUAGUUGUUUGAAAUUUGAUUUUAAACCGUCACUUUUAUAACCUCUGUGUGGCGCCGGUUAAACGGUUCUUUUGCUCUCGCACGGAGAAGUGUAUUAUUUAAGAAGUUACGCACACGUUUUCGCGACAAUGGAAGACUUUGUGAAACUCGAGAAAAUCGGAGAAGGUACGUACGGUGUGGUCUAUCGUGGUAAGAACAAGAAGACGGGGAAAAUGGUAGCCAUGAAAAAAAUUCGUUUGGAAUCUGAGGAUGAAGGUGUUCCAUCAACAGCCAUCAGAGAAAUAUCAUUGUUAAAAGAAUUAGAGCACCCAAAUAUUGUCUCAUUGCAGGACGUGAUUAUGGAGGAACAAAAAUUGUACCUAAUUUUUGAAUAUUUAAACAUGGAUCUCAAGAGGUACAUUGAUAAAUUUAAGAAUGGUUCUGCUAUGGAUCCAAAGCUUGUGAAGAGUUACUUGCACCAAAUAAAUGAGGCAAUUUUGUUUUGUCAUCAGAGAAGAGUGCUGCACAGGGAUUUAAAACCACAAAACUUGUUAAUUACAACAGAUGGAACAAUCAAGGUAGCUGAUUUUGGUUUGGGUCGUGCAUUUGGCGUCCCGGUACGUGUUUAUACACACGAAGUCGUCACGUUGUGGUACCGCGCCCCGGAAAUCCUACUUGGUUCGGCAAGAUACUCUUGCCCCAUUGACAUGUGGUCAUUGGGAUGCAUUUUUGCCGAAAUGGCAACAUCUCGCCCACUCUUCCAGGGCGAUUCUGAAAUCGAUCAACUUUUCCGUAUUUUCCGGGUGCUGAAAACACCGACGGAAGAAAUUUGGCCUGGUAUUUCUAGCAUGCCUGAUUACAAAGCUACAUUCCCAGGUUGGAAUUCAUAUAAUUUGCCUGCACAAGUGAAGAACAUGGAACCGAAAGGCGUGGAACUGUUGCAGAAGAUGUUGAUCUACAAUCCUUCGUUGCGUAUCACAGCGAAGAAAAUAGCACUUGAUCCUUACUUUGAUGAUCUGGACAGAUCUGUCAAACCACAAAUGUGAGCCGUAUCUCAUUCGAUUUCGACAUCAUUUUCCAUUAUUUAUAAUACUGUAUUAACAUUAAUAUUCAGUUUACUUUUAUUGAA